AUGUCUCCCAGCAAACAAUUUCCACUUCAACAAAAGAAGCGCAAGCAUGUUGAAGUAGCCGAAAAGGUACUCAGCGGCCUGGAACAAUACAAGGAGCUAAGCCCCGCAUCCAGUCGCCUCCGAGAUAAGCUUUUAGCGAUGGCGAAAGAGGCCGUGGACGCCGAUGAUGAUGCUGACGUGUCGCUGUUACGGGGCGCCUUUGAGUUCUUUGAGUUAAAGCAGAAGCAGGCUGAGGACGCCGAGAACGAACGCAAGAGUCUUUCCCAGGAGAUCAAAAGUCUGGAAGCGGAACUGCAAACUACUAAAGAACAAUAUGAACAUUGCAAACUCGAAGAGCAGAAAGCAAAAGCAGAUAUAGACGACUUCGAACUUUUGCUUGAAUACGGUGACUGGUUUGGUAAAUCAAUUGCCAGCGUCAAGAAAGGAGAACAUGCCAUCCAGGAGAAGGACAAGCAACUUUCCAGGGCAGAGUACCAGGAUCAAAAUAAUGCGAACGAGCAAGAAGCGAUCACAAACGCCAAAGAAGAAGCGGAAGCCAAUGGUGUUGAGUAUACUGGCCUAUAUACCUUUCAUGACGUCGAUCCUGAGAAGGAAGCUCAGAGAGAAGCAGACUUUUCAGCUUUGGAUAGAGGGCGAUGGGUUACUAGCACCCAAGAGCGAGUGGACGCUGAGAAAGCAAAGAUAUUGCAAUGGCAAACUGGCGCUCAGGAUGAAGACACAGCACCUGCGACGCCAUUCUUGGAUCGCAUACAGAGACUUUGCAGCAAUUCUGGGAUCACACGCCCGACUCUACUGUCAUGGAUCGCAGAGUAUGGUAGACGGAAUGAGAAGUGUCAUCAUAAGCCACCACAGGUUGAAGACUACCGAAAAGUGGUCAAGAAUCUGGAUGGCAACAUGGUAAAGGUGAAACUGGAACCACAUGACCCAACGGCUGGCAUCGACUGGGUGAAGUUCAGAGAAGCCUUCGCAAAGCACAGAUCGGGCCUUCAGGCAAGAUACGCAGAGAGAAGAAUUGACUUGAAGAGACGAGAUGCUUAUAUGGCAGCCAUAGACGCUUGCUGGGCAUUAUACUCAGUCUCAGAGGAUGGGGCUGGCAAUCGCAUACUGACCCAAUAUGCCAAGAAUGUGGCCGGGGAUAUACAGCAGAGCCAAGAUAUGACAAAGGAGCCUCCUGAAAAUCCUCCGAAACGGUACAAGGUGGGGAAAUGGGAUGAUAUUAUUGAGUAG